AUGGCUUACCCUACCCCCCUUACAACCUCAAUCGAGAACUCUCGAUUGAGACUCCUCAACAAGAUUAAGGCUGGCGAGUUCCCGCUCAUGACCUUUAUGGCCAUUCCCUCCAUCCGCCAAGCCCAGAUCGUUGCCCUGACCGGUGUCGAUGGUAUCAUCAUUGACUGCGAGCACGGACACAUUGGCGACGAUGCCAUGCAUAACUCUGUCUCUGCCAUCUCCGCCCUCGGCGUUUCCCCGGUCAUCCGCAUCCGUGGCCCCGCCCACGAUAUCCUCAAGCGCGCCCUUGAUACCGGUGCCCAUGGCAUCAUGGUUCCCCAGAUCAACAACGCCGAAGAGGCAGAGCAAAUUGUCGCUUCUUCCAAGUUCCCUCCCCAGGGUGUGCGAGGCCAGGGCUCAGCCUUCCCCGCAAUCGGCCACGGCCUCACAACUCCUGAAUACAUGAAGUCCGCCAACGAGACCAUCAUCACCAUGAUUCAAAUAGAGACCCGCGCCGGUGUCGAAAACGUCGAUGCUAUCUGCGCUGUGCCCGGUGUGGACCUUGUCUUCAUUGGUCCCAACGAUCUUGCUCAGUCCCUGCUUGGAUACACACCUGCUCGCGGCGAUGAGCCUGAGUUUGUUGCUGCUAUUGAUAAGAUCAUUGCUGCUGCCCGCAAACACGGAAAGUGGGCUGGCCGCAUGGUCAACAAUGGUACUGCGGCUAAGGAGGCUCGGGAGAAGUAUGAUACCGUCGCCAUCACUGGUGACACCAAGGCGAUUCAGAACUGGUACAUGGCAGAGUUUGAUAUUGCUCGUUCAUGA